AUGUCUUCGCAAGGCCGUGACAAUAUCGCGGGUCUUCCACAGUCGCGCAUGGAUGAUGCGAUUGUUCUCCCAGCACGACCCGAACCCAUCAGGCUCAGCCGGGCGGAGACGGCUAUCAUCGUCGUUGAUAUGCAGAAUGCAUACUCAUCGGAGGGGCGCUAUCUGGACCUAGCAGGCUUUGAUGUUUCCGGCACCCAAGACACCAUAGCCAACAUCAAGAGGACACUGGCCGCUGCACGUGCUGCUGGGAUGCAGGUUAUUUAUUUUCAGAACGGCUUUGAAAAGGACUACCAUGAGAUUGGUGCCCCCAUGUCGCCAAACUGGUACAAGUCGCACGCACUCAAAACUAUACGGGCCAGACCUGAGCUACACGGACAGUUGCUGGUCAAGGGCACGUGGGAUCAUGCGACUGUCGACGAGCUGAAACCUCUCAAUAACGAUAUCGUGAUACCAAGAAUCGAUACAGUGGUUUCUUCAAUACAGGUGUCGACAGCAUUCGGAGAGCUCGGGGCAUUCGAAACUUGGUCUUUGUGGGUGUGGCCACAAACGUCUGCGUCGAAACCUCGCUCCGUGAUGCAUUUCACCUGGAAUACUUUUGCAUACUCCUAG